ACUUUCAACUUCAUUUACGGCCAUAUCCGCGCUGACUCGCUACAGAAGACGCCACCCCUUUAACCCCUUCUCCACGACGUCGUUUAUUUCCUCCUCAUUCAACCACAUUUCCAGAAAAAUUCAACUCCUUCGCACUGCUGCUUCCCACUGUCACACCCAGUCUUCACCCAAAAUGUCCUCAGUAACCGCGGAGAAUACUAAAAUCACCGCCCCAUACGGUUCUUGGAAGUCCCCGAUAACUUCCGACCUUGUCUCCGGCUCCGAUAAGCGCCUAGGUGGCACUGCCGUCGACGCCCUCGGCCACCUCUUCUGGGUCGAGACCCGCCCCAAUGAAUCAGGACGGUUGGUGCUGGUGAAGCAAGGAGAAAAAGAAGGGGAUGACCCUAUUGAUGUCACCCCAAAGGAGUUUUCUGUGAGGACAGUAGCUCAGGAAUAUGGAGGUGGGGCAUUUAGGAUAUUUGGAGAUACAGUGAUUUUCUCGAAUUACAAGGAUCAAAGGCUCUAUAGGCAGUCAUUAUCUUCAAAAGAUUCUGCUCCUUUGCCAUUUACUCCAGAUUAUGGCAGACCGCUCGUGUCUUAUGCAGAUGGAGUUUUUGAUGCGCGGUUUAGUCGUUUCGUGACAGUACAGGAAGACUGUCGUGAAAGUGCUAUGAAUUCUAUAACAACUAUUGUGUCAUUUGAUAUCCGUGAUGAGAGCGUUCAAGAACCGAAAGUACUGGUUUCUGGCAGCGAUUUUUAUGCUUUUCCUCGUUUGGAUCCAAAAGGAGAACGGAUAGCCUGGAUUCAGUGGAGCCAUCCCAACAUGCCAUGGGACAGAUCAGAACUUUGGGUUGGCUACAUAAGUGAUUCAGGAGACGUGCAUACACGGGUCUGCGUUGCAGGUGGUGAUCCAACACUUGUGGAAUCUCCAACUGAGCCCAAGUGGUCACCUCAAGGAGAACUGUUCUUCAUUACUGAUAGAAAAUCUGGAUUUUGGAAUCUCUACAAAUGGAUUGAAACUUCUAAUGAAGUGCUUCCAGUUUACACAUUGGAUGCUGAGUUCGCAAGACCUCUGUGGAUUUUUGGCAUGAAUUCCUAUGAUUUUAUCUUUGAUAAAGAUCAGAAAAACCUCAUUGCCUGCAGUUACAGGAAGAAUGGCAAGUCAUAUCUUGGUAUUCUCGAUGCUGUCCAGAACACUUCAUCGUCAGUUGAAAUUCCAUUCACGGACAUUAACAACAUUACUUCUGGGCUUGACUGUCUAUACAUCGAGGUAGCUUCUGCUGUUCAUCCAUUGUCUAUUGCAAAGUUGACUUUAGAUGAUCAUAAAUCAAAAGCAGUUGAUUUCAAGAUCAUGUGGUGUUCUUCAUCCAUUAGUUCAAUUGACAAAUCAUAUUUUAGCAUGCCAGAAGUGAUAGAAUUUCCAACUGAUGUCACUGGUUUGAAUGCAUAUGCAUACUUCUAUCCACCUACCAAUCCCAUUUAUCAAGGUUAUCCAGAAGAAAAGCCUCCACUACUAUUGAAAAGCCAUGGAGGCCCUACUGCAGAGACACAUGCUGUCUUAAAUCUUAGCGUGCAAUAUUGGACCAGUCGGGGUUGGGCAUUUGUCGAUGUUAAUUAUGGUGGAAGUGCUGGUUACGGCAGAGGAUAUCGAGAUAGGCUGUUAGGACAGUGGGGAAUUGUCGAUGUUAAUGACUGUUGCAGUUGUGCAAAGUUUUUGGUUGACAGUGGAAAAGUUGAUGGUGAACGGCUUUGUAUUACUGGGGGCUCUGCUGGUGGAUACACAACAUUGGCAGCGCUUGCAUUUAAAGAUACAUUCAAAGCCGGAGCUUCCUUGUAUGGUGUAGCUGACCUGAAGUUGUUGAGAUUAGAGACUCACAAAUUUGAAUCUCACUACAUCGACAAUCUUGUUGGAAGUGAAAGAGCAUAUUUUGAGAGGUCACCUAUAAAUUUUGUUGAGAAAUUUUCAUGCCCAAUAAUUCUAUUCCAAGGAUUAGAAGACAAGGUUGUCCCCCCUGAACAAGCACGCAAAAUUUAUCAUGCACUGAAGGAAAAAGGGUUGCCUGUUGCUCUUGUAGAGUAUGAAGGAGAACAACAUGGUUUCCGAAAGGCUGAAAACAUCAAGUUCACGCUUGAACAACAAAUGGUGUUCUUUGCACGUUUGGUGGGAAAUUUCAACGUAGCAGAUGAGAUCACCCCCAUCAAAAUUGAUAACUUUGACUGAGGAACUGGUGGUGGGUCCAUUGGUGGUAGCUUUAAGAGAUUUCAGGUACAACAGCAAGAUGGAUUAUUGGUAUCUUCGAUUCUGAGACGAUGCGAUUAUGCAUAUGAUCCGAUGAUCAUGCUGGAGUAUGGUACACGUUCUUGUUUUCUUGUGGGGCCAUGUUUGGCAUGUCUACUUGUAGUUAUGUUUUGGAUUCCAAAAAUGUUAAACCACACGGUGAGGUUCAAUACAGUUGACGAACAGUGCCAAGCUAAGGAUGUGGAGUCCGGAAAUUUGCGCAGCAGCAAAAGAGAUAUACUACAUCAGUUGGUACUUUUUUGGGUUGAAAGUUAUUUGGAAAAAAUGUUUCGGUACUAUUUACUAUAGUACAUUUUUUAUGUGAUAUAUGUCGGAUAAAAAGAUGGUCCAAUAAUGUAUUUUGUGAAUAAUAAAUUUUUUUUUCUAAAUAAUAUUUUUUGGCGAUGCAGAAUUUCCUAA